CUUGAGGACAAGCCUCCAUAGUAAGUACCCCAUCAUUGUUGUCGCUUGUCACGAUCCCCUUCUCUGGCCCCCCUGGCAGUCAGCGAAUCAAUCACGCCGUUGCAAGGCACCUCCGUGGUAUCCCAUCGGCGCUGCCUGCCACAGCUUUCCCAUUCCGUGUCUGCCUGCCUCUACCUUCGCACUCGAACGCGUGUCUUCUGGCUGGUGAAGGACGUCGUCGAGUGGCCAAACGACGCCAACCAGUUCGUUACCCGUCGCAGCCCUGCGGGUUUACCUUGUCCGUGGCAUGCUGUUGUGUGCCUGAGGAUAGCGAAUGGCCGGACACCACUUAUCUGUCCUCACGCGGGCCGUCGUCAUUAAAUGCCCACCCGUUGUCCCCAUUGUCAUCAAUCGCACACUUCCUCUCAACACCACCACCCCGACGAGCAUUCAACAGUCCAUCUCGGCCACACCAACGAUCCAUUUGCUUACGCUUUGCCGCCGAAACAGAUAGUUUUCUACACUUGCAACCUUAGCGUCGCCUAAUACACAACCGCCAAGAUGGGCAACACGCUCUCGAUAUUCGGAAAGCUCUUCGAUGGGCUCUUCGGCAAGAAGGAGAUGAGAAUUCUCAUGGUCGGUCUCGACGCUGCCGGAAAGACCACUAUUCUCUACAAGCUCAAGCUCGGUGAGGUCGUCACGACCAUCCCGACCAUCGGCUUCAACGUCGAAACCGUCGAGUACAAGAACAUUCAGUUCACCGUCUGGGAUGUCGGUGGUCAGGACAAGAUCAGGCCUCUGUGGAGACAUUACUUCCAGAACACCCAGGGUAUUAUUUUCGUAGUCGACAGCAACGAUCGCGACCGUGUUGUCGAGGCCCGCGAAGAACUCCAGCGCAUGCUCAACGAGGAUGAGCUCCGCGACGCCCUCUUGCUCGUCUUCGCCAACAAGCAGGAUCUUCCUAAUGCCAUGAAUGCUGCCGAGAUCACGGAUAAGCUCGGCCUUUCCAGCUUGAGGCAACGCUCUUGGUACAUCCAAGCCACUUGCGCUACCACCGGUGAUGGUCUGUUCGAAGGUCUCGACUGGCUGUCGACUGAGUUGAAGAAGAAGAGCCCUUAAAGUGCUGGCUACACUUAAUGACAAUGCCCUUACUCUGCCCGGGUACAAUAUCCACGCUCGGUUAAUUCCGCAAUACACGCCCUUUAGCAACCGAACGAACUCACCAAACAUGGUAACCAGUGGUUGACGACCGUCUCACAAUAAUCCGCGAGGCGGUUAAAAGGGGAUAGCCAGCACUCGUUUUGCUCUUGUGAUCGCAUUUUCGGAAAGUCAGGAAUACGCUUGAUUCGGGAUCUUGUACAGUUUGAUACAUCGCAAGGAGACUUUGCCUGCUGCUUUCCCUAUAUUUGCGUACGUUUUAUGCUAAGGGCGGUACGGAUACGGUUGCGGAGAGGGGGGAAAUACUGGCAAGAUAUGAGUGUGAUGAUGGAUGGGGGAGGAGUUCUAUGAAUACCAAGCUGCCACUUAACUUACCCUUAUUCCCUUUUUUUUCUUUUUUUUCUUUCUUUUUCGUUAGAACCGCUCGGCGUCUAUUGUUUUCUGGCCUGCUCGCUCAUCAUCAACUCUUCAUAUGCUUCAGGUGAACCAACGUUUCGUACUCGACAUGUGUGCUUUUCCAAUUCUGUUAUGGUACCUGCUUCAUGCAAGUUUCAUCCGUAUAUCAAAAUCAGGCGAAAUAAACGCAUCAAGAUCUC